UUUAUGAGAUCUGAUAUGUUUUCUUCUUUCUUAUGUAUUUUUCUUUUUAUUUCAGCGGCCCCUUUGUUGCUUUAUGCAAACAGACGGGACUUGAGAUUGGUUGAUGCUACAAAUGGCAAAGAGAAUGCAACGAUUGUAGUUGGAGGCUUGGAGGAUGCAGCAGCGGUGGACUUUGUGUUUGGUCAUGGCUUGAUAUACUGGAGUGAUGUCAGCGAAGAAGCCAUUAAGCGAACAGAAUUUAACAAAACUGAGAGUGUACAGAAUGUUGUUGUUUCUGGAUUAUUGUCCCCGGAUGGGCUGGCGUGUGAUUGGCUUGGAGAAAAAUUGUACUGGACAGAUUCUGAAACUAAUCGAAUUGAAGUUUCUAAUUUAGAUGGAUCUUUACGAAAAGUUUUAUUUUGGCAAGAGUUGGAUCAACCCAGAGCUAUUGCCUUAGAUCCAUCAAGUGGGUUCAUGUACUGGACAGACUGGGGAGAAGUGCCAAAGAUAGAGCGUGCUGGAAUGGAUGGUUCAAAUCGCUUUGUUGUAAUAAACACUGAAAUUUACUGGCCAAAUGGACUGACCCUGGAUUAUGAGGAACGGAAGCUUUAUUGGGCAGAUGCAAAACUUAAUUUCAUCCACAAAUCAAACCUGGAUGGAACAAAUCGGCAGGCAGUGGUUAAAGGUUCCCUUCCACAUCCUUUUGCCUUGACGUUAUUUGAGGACACAUUGUACUGGACUGACUGGAAUACACACUCUAUUUUGGCUUGCAACAAGUAUACUGGCGAGGGUCUGCGUGAAAUCCAUUCUAACAUCUUCUCUCCCAUGGAUAUACAUGCUUUCAGCCAACAGAGGCAGCCAAAUGCUACAAAUCCAUGUGGAAUUGAUAAUGGUGGUUGUUCCCAUUUGUGUUUGAUGUCUCCCGUCAAGCCUUUUUAUCAGUGUGCUUGUCCAACUGGGGUCAAGCUUCUGGAGAAUGGAAAAACCUGCAAAGAUGGUGCCACUGAACUAUUGCUUUUAGCCCGAAGGACAGACUUGAGGCGCAUUUCUUUGGAUACACCAGAUUUUACUGACAUUGUCCUGCAGUUAGAAGAUAUCCGGCAUGCCAUUGCCAUAGACUACGAUCCUGUAGAAGGCUAUAUCUACUGGACUGAUGAUGAAGUGAGGGCCAUCCGUCGUUCCUUCAUAGAUGGCUCUGGCAGUCAGUUUGUGGUCACUGCCCAGAUCGCCCAUCCUGAUGGCAUUGCUGUUGAUUGGGCUGCAAGAAACCUGUACUGGACAGACACUGGCACUGAUCGGAUCGAAGUGACAAGGCUUAAUGGCACCAUGAGGAAGAUUCUGAUUUCAGAGGACUUAGAGGAGCCCCGGGCUAUUGUGUUAGAUCCCAUGGUGGGGUUAUGAAUACCGAUGGCACUGGGAGACGGGUGCUGGUGGAAGACAAAAUUCCUCACAUAUUUGGGUUCACCCUGUUGGGCGACUAUGUUUACUGGACUGACUGGCAGAGGCGGAGCAUCGAGAGAGUGCACAAACGAAGUGCGGACAGGGAGGUCAUCAUAGACCAGCUGCCCGACCUCAUGGGACUGAAGGCCACAAGUGUCCACAGAGUCAUUGGUUCCAACCCCUGUGCUGAGGAAAAUGGAGGAUGUAGCCAUCUUUGCCUCUACAGGCCUCAGGGUCUUCGAUGCGCCUGUCCCAUUGGUUUUGAGCUCAUCAGUGACAUGAAGACCUGCAUAGUUCCUGAGGCUUUCCUUCUGUUUUCACGGCGAGCAGAUAUCAGGCGCAUAUCUUUGGAAACAAACAAUAAUAAUGUGGCCAUUCCUCUCACUGGUGUCAAAGAAGCUUCUGCUUUGGAUUUUGAUGUCACUGACAACAGAAUUUACUGGACUGAUAUAUCACUGAAGACUAUUAGCAGAGCCUUUAUGAACGGCAGUGCACUGGAACAUGUGGUAGAGUUUGGCUUAGAUUACCCAGAAGGCAUGGCAGUAGACUGGCUUGGGAAGAACUUGUACUGGGCAGACACAGGCACGAAUCGCAUCGAGGUGUCAAAGUUGGAUGGACAACACCGACAGGUUUUGGUAUGGAAAGACCUUGACAGUCCCCGAGCUCUGGCAUUGGAUCCUGCUGAAGGAUUUAUGUAUUGGACCGAAUGGGGAGGAAAGCCUAAGAUUGACAGAGCUGCUAUGGAUGGAAGUGAACGGACUACGUUAGUUCCAAAUGUGGGGCGAGCAAAUGGUCUAACUAUUGAUUAUGCUAAAAGGCGGCUUUACUGGACAGACCUGGACACUAACUUGAUAGAGUCUUCAAAUAUGCUUGGACUCAACCGUGAAGUUAUAGCAGAUGACUUGCCUCAUCCUUUUGGCCUAACUCAAUACCAAGAUUACAUCUACUGGACAGAUUGGAGCCGACGGAGCAUUGAACGUGCCAACAAAACCAGUGGCCAAAACCGCACCAUCAUCCAGGGCCAUUUGGAUUAUGUGAUGGACAUCCUUGUUUUCCACUCCUCUCGGCAGGCAGGGUGGAAUGAAUGUGCCUCCAGCAACGGGCACUGCUCCCACCUCUGCCUGGCUGUGCCAGUUGGAGGUUUUGUGUGUGGAUGCCCUGCCCACUAUUCCCUGAAUGCUGACAACAGGACUUGUAGUGCUCCUACCACCUUCCUGCUCUUCAGUCAGAAGAGUGCCAUCAACCGCAUGGUGAUCGACGAGCAGCAGAGCCCUGACAUCACCCUUCCCAUCCACAGCCUUCGGAACGUUAGGGCCAUUGAUUACGACCCUUUGGACAAGCAGCUCUACUGGAUUGACUCUCGACAGAACAUGAUCCGAAAGGCACAAGAAGAUGGUGGCCAGGGUUUUACUGUAGUUGUUAGCUCAGUUCCAAAUCAGAACCUCGAAAUACAGCCCUAUGACCUCAGCAUCGAUAUUUAUAGCCGUUACAUCUACUGGACCUGUGAAGCUACCAAUGUCAUUGAUGUGACAAGAUUAGAUGGGCGAUCAAUUGGAGUGGUUCUAAAAGGCGAGCAAGACAGACCCAGAGCCAUUGUGGUAAACCCUGAGAAAGGGUAUAUGUAUUUUACCAAUCUCCAGGAAAGAUCUCCUAAAAUCGAAAGGGCUGCCUUGGAUGGAACAGAACGGGAGGUCCUCUUUUUCAGUGGCUUAAGUAAACCAAUUGCUUUGGCACUGGACAGCAAGCUGGGCAAGCUCUUCUGGGCUGAUUCAGACCUCCGGCGAAUUGAAAGCAGUGAUCUCUCAGGUGCCAACAGGAUAGUGCUAGAAGACUCUAAUAUCUUGCAGCCUGUGGGUCUGACUGUGUUUGAAAACUGGCUCUAUUGGAUUGAUAAGCAGCAGCAAAUGAUUGAAAAAAUUGACAUGACUGGUCGAGAAGGAAGAACGAAGGUCCAGGCUCGAAUUGCUCAGCUGAGUGACAUCCAUGCAGUAAAGGAGCUGAACCUGCACGAGUAUAGACAGCACCCUUGUGCCCAGGAUAAUGGUGGCUGUUCACAUAUUUGCCUCGUAAAAGGAGAUGGUACUACAAGAUGCUCUUGCCCCAUGCACCUAGUUCUGCUUCAGGAUGAGCUGUCCUGUGGAGAACCUCCAACAUGUUCUCCUCAGCAGUUCACUUGUUUCACCGGGGACAUUGACUGUAUCCCUGUGGCCUGGCGGUGUGAUGGGUUUACUGAAUGUGAAGACCACAGUGAUGAACUCAACUGUCCUGUAUGCUUAGAGUCUCAGUUCCAGUGUGCCAGUGGGCAGUGUAUCGAUGGUGCCCUGCGAUGCAAUGGUGAUGCCAACUGCCAGGAUAAAUCAGACGAGAACAACUGUGAAGUGCUUUGUUUAAUUGAUCAGUUCCGCUGUGCCAAUGGUCAGUGUGUUGGAAAGCACAAGAAAUGCGACCACAAUGUGGACUGCAGUGACAAAUCUGAUGAACUGGACUGUUAUCCAACUGAAGAGCCGGCACCACAAGCCACCAACACAGUUGGUUCAGUUAUUGGAGUAAUUGUUACCAUAUUUGUGUCUGGAACCAUAUACUUCAUCUGCCAAAGGAUGCUGUGUCCUCGUAUGAAGGGAGAUGGAGAGGCUAUGACAAACGACUAUGUGGUUCACGGCCCAGCUUCUGUGCCCCUGGGUUACGUUCCUCACCCAAGCUCUCUGUCGGGAUCUCUUCCAGGAAUGUCUCGAGGGAAAUCAAUGAUCAGUUCCCUCAGUAUCAUGGGGGGAAGCAGUGGGCCACCCUACGAUCGAGCACAUGUCACAGGAGCAUCAUCAAGCAGUUCUUCAAGCACCAAAGGCACUUACUUCCCUGCAAUUUUGAAUCCACCACCGUCGCCUGCCACAGAGCGUUCUCAUUAUACCAUGGAAUUUGGUUAUUCUUCCAACAGUCCUUCCACACACAGGUCCUACAGCUACAGGCCUUACAGCUACCGGCACUUUGCCCCGCCCACGACACCCUGCAGCACUGACGUCUGUGACAGUGACUAUGCUCCUAGCCGGAGAAUGACCUCAGUGGCAACAGCCAAGGGCUACACCAGUGACUUGAACUAUGACUCAGAGCCUGUGCCCCCUCCACCCACACCCCGAAGCCAGUACUUGUCAGCAGAGGAGAACUAUGAAAGCUGCCCCCCUUCUCCAUACACAGAGAGGAGUUACUCCCACCACCUCUAUCCACCACCGCCCUCCCCCUGCACGGACUCCUCCUGAGGAGGGGCCCUCCUCCUCUGACUGCCUCCACCGGGAAAUGUAAAUACACAUCUGGUUGAGAUCUGGAGGGGGGGAGGGAGCUGUAAAGAAGAGUGAGGCAGACUGUACAGUUAACAUUAUAAAGGGGGUGGGGUACUGGAGAUAUUUGUACAGAAGAAAAGGAUAUUUAUAUAUUUUCUUAAAAGAGCAGAUUUGCUGCUUGUGCCAUAAAAGUUUGUAUAAAAUAUAAGUUUGUACUAAAGGUUUUAUUUUUGCAAACUAAAUACACAAAGCAUGCCUUAAACCCAGUGAAGUGACUGAGCACAAAGGAAACAGGGACAACAGAGACAUCGCUGCCCGGAAGUCUGGGUUUUAAUGAUACCAAAAACUAAAGAAAAAGAAGAAAUUCCAUCUCAAGAGUGGCAAACUUGGAAGUAGCCAAAUCGCCUUCAAAUUAACUAACAUUUGAGGGCCAACGAGUUAAGAAACCAUAAAAGAAAAAAAAAAUUACAGUACUAACUUUGGACAAAGGGCUUUGUUUUCUCUAGGAAUCCAACAGUUUUCUUAAGGAAAAUAGAUAUUUGUACAAUCCAUUUUGAGUGUUGCUGUUGCAGGAUGCUGUGCAGCUGGUGAGAGCCCACACCUCUGUCCCAGUUCUUGGUAACAUUGGCUGCUUUCACCUUGCUGCCUCCCCAGCAACUUGUAGGACGUUCUGCCAAGAGCCAUGAUUUAGUCAAGAAUUUUAAUCUGAGGAAUUGACUAAAUGGAAUUUACUCAACAAGGGAUUGAUGAUUCGGUGUAUCUACUAUGCUUGUUCACCAUUUGGCUGAGCUUUUAAGUUGUAGGCUGUUUUUGCAUAAUCAGAAGUUAGCCAUAUUAUUGGUCUUCCAUGAUUGUUUUAAUGCUCAUUAAAGUGUCUUUUUACAACACAUAUAGACAAUGCUUAAAAAUCACAAAUCUAGCUGUUAUAUUUUUGUUAAUUAGUUUUGUAUCCUUGCAACAUACAAUAUUACAGUGUGAGAUCAUUUUAUGUAUGUUUUUUGACUAAACAUUGAAAUGUGCUCUGGUUAGAAACAGUCUAUUUAAAAAGAAGGGUUUUUUUGUUAUUAGGUUUCCCCUAUAUUAACUGUUUGUGACAUUUUCACUUUCUGUGGACCAGCUUUUUUCAGAGUGACGUCUACAGGCAUACCUCUGUUAGUGUGGUGUGAGGUACCUUCUUGUUAUGUAUGCACUGUGAAUGUAUUUGUUUUCACAUAACCCGCAGUCUGUUCUUACAGUCGCCUGUGUUUCUAUGUGUGUUCUCUGUUAUCCCAUUAUGGAUUAAGAUAGUUUCACAAACGUAACAGUGGAGAUUAAAUGAGAAGACUCACUGAACUUCUCAGCUGCAGGAACUUGAGUGGUGGGGACUAAGGGAAGUCUCUUCUGUAACAUGUCUGACCUGCCAUCAUGACAGCCUGAGCUGCUACCUCUGCCGCUGUCAGGGCUGACCUGUGGGAUGACCUUAGUUCACCCUGCUCUGCCUCUGUGCCAGGGUUAGUCUCCUGCUUCUUCCAUGUGUCUAGCUCUCCUCUGCUAAAGUUGAGCUGUUUUUAAGCUAGUGUGCUUUUACCUUAGCAGGUGUUAAUUACUUAUUGAAUAUAUUUUAAAUUAUAUAUUGAUGUGAGGCUUCUCCAGAUUUUAGAGCUUAAGCAAAAACAAUGGAGGAAAUGAUUCCAGAAUUUUGGUGGAGUUUAAAUAACUUUUAAAAUACACAUAAGUACAUUUUAAAAGAGAAAAACAAACCUUUUAAGAUAAUGCUGUGUUGUUGGGUACAGCUUAAUCAAAAUCAGGGCCACUUAUCUUGCAUAUAAGUAAAUGGCAAUCCAUCCGUGUCUUGCUUUUCAGUCAGAUAAUCAUUAACUCUUCCUGUUACUGAAACAAAGUGCUCAGAGUCUAAGACAGAAUGGACAUCGAACUUGCCUUCUGUGAUACACAGGGGCGCUUGAUGCUUAAGUGAAGAUGGAAAGGUUAGCAAUAACUGGGUAUCAGUUAGAAUUUGAGAAUUCUAUAUGUUUACAUUUUUAAUGUGCAUCUUUAUCUGGUGGGCUUCCCAUGUAGAGACUUGCACUAUAGUGAGCUAAGAAGGAUGCUGCCUUGUUGCGUCUCAGUCCAAGUGCUUGUGCUGCGAUGGCAAUGGCCUCUUCUUGCAAAAUACUGAUUUGUGUGCCAAUUUGUUGAAAUGAUUCGAAGGCAGUUCAGGUUAAUCUCAGUAUCCUCUUUCUGGGGCAGCUGAGUAUUUCUGAGAGUACUUUUUAGUGAGAUGGUUGUUAAACUUGGGAAAGAUAAUGAUGCUCAAGUUGCAUGGACAGUUAAGUUUAAGUAAACUGUGUCUUGGUUAUUGAACAUAAGAAAAACAAGGCGAAAAAAAAUUUACGAGAACACAAAUUGGGAAAGGGAGGAAUUUUUAAAUUAGGAUGUGUCUAGGUUGAUUAUUUAAGAGGAAACUUGAAUAAAAUUUGAUUAGGUUCCAGAGUUACAUGGAUAUUUAUUUUGAACUUGUAUCUUAAAGUAUGCCUAUAGGAGAGUGUGUGAGGUAAGCUUUGGUGUAGCUUGCUUUUGUACGCUGCAGCAAACUUUUCUGUAUUGAAGUCUUUUAUAACUAGGACUCAAACUUGACUUAGAGUCCUAGUCUUCUAACCAAGGCCCGAAAGUUCUGUUUUGGGUCAGGUAAAUGGCACAGUCACAGAAAAAGUUUAAAAUAGAGUUGGUGGGUAGAAUAUUACUAGGAUUUUUCUUUUAAGAUUUUACAGUGCUUUUGGCAGUGCACACCAAGUUGUAAAAAUAGCCAUCUAUCUUAGGUAACAGUCUUGGGGGGGCAUAUUUGUCUCACUGUAAAGGCCCAUCAGUGAACACUGUUCUGAGUUCAUAGCUGUGCUUACCUCACCAAUUGGUUAAGUCUUUGUGUUUAGUGACCAGGAUGGCUUUCUGUAAGUAAACCUGAAAGCUUCAGAAACAAAAGUCUUGUUGUGUUCACCCUCUGAUAUGCCCUGCUUUUAUUGACUGUGCAGUGCUUCUGUGUAGCCCUUGUGACUUUAUAGAGAGAAUUAGGAACUGAUCUCUUACUCAGAAUUAGACUGUAGAUUGGGGUAUGGGUGUCCGUUGGUUGGCACUAUUUAAGAAUCCCCAGAUGAGAGUCAUGCACAAGUGUGGGUGUGGACUGAGUCCCAAACAAGUUAACCAAGCAUGUCAGAAAUCCCUCGAAAUUUCCUGGGGUUUCCUUAUCCCAGGCCUAAGACAGGCAUGAGAAGAGGUGAGAUUUUAGGACUUCUGGUAUGGCAUUUCUUUCUAAGUGUCAAGAUUUGACUUUUGAAAUCCUCAGGUUUUAAAGUCAAGGAUGUUGGGCCUCAAAUACGGAAUUUCACAUUUGUGACUUAAGUGACACGCAUUGUGGAUCCGUAUUUCAGUACAGUUCUCUGACUGCACAGCUCAUUGAACUCAGCUCACACCCGAGUGGAGGGGGAGGGAUGCUCAGGGCUAUCUUAGUGACUUGUAAUCGAAUUACCAACUCUGUCCUCACCCUCCUGCAACAGAAGGGGGCACUAGCAUUUUUUGAUUUCUCAUUUUCACAGGCAUUUACAAACCAUUCUUAAUAUUAUUCCUAGGGAAUUUUUAGAAUUACAGACUGAUUUAUUAUACUCAGAAGCAGAGUAUGGACCCAACAUAUACUAAUCAUUGGGUUUUCCAUCAUCACUUAGCAUUUGCCCAAAGUCAACACCAAAGAGUUACAGACAGCAUGCUUUUGCUUAACUGUCCAUUUGGGCUUUGUUUAUCCAUUAACUGUGGGAAAGUUGAGGGGGUGGUAUAGCUAUACACCGUGUGGAGAUGUAUCUGUAUCAGUGCCUGAAUAUGAGGAGGAGGAGGAAAGGAAAGCAAGGAGAAGGACUCCAUCAGAGUCUGCUGAGGGGAGGCUGGGGAAAGGAGAGAGGAUACGAGGGCUGAACUGGACUGGCCUCGUCGCAAGUGAAGGAUAUCUGGUGCUGCUUUCGGAUGUUUGUCUUUUAUGAGUCUAAACUUUUUCUUAAGCUUUAAUCUUUGUCACUGUCUUAAAGUCAGCUGGUGUUUCUUGUACAUCGACUUUGGUACGAUGGUGCUUUGCAAGGAUGUAUUUAUAUUAUAAUGGCCAACAUUUGGUCAGCCCUUGUCCACUUAUUCACUUCCCCCUUUUUGUAAAAUAAGUGCUUUAAUUAUAAAUUGUAUAAAGGUACCUUGUAUAAACCCCCUUUUGAUUAUUACAAUAAGCUGAACUGUAACAAAUGAAAUGUUGAUUUUUAUAAUAAAACAAUGGAAAAAUCA